AUGGAGAGUGAAAAUUACAAUGGAUUUUUAGUAGGGGUCACUGUGCUGCAAGGCAUAACACAGCCCGCACUGGCAUUAACAUGGUUAACAGAAAAGCCUGUUUGGGUGGACCAGUGGCCCCUCAGUCAAGAAAAACUCACAGCCCUUCACCUUCUGGUUAAAGAGCAAUUGGCUGCAGGACAUAUAGAAGCCUCUCACAGCCCUUGGAACACACCUGUGUUCGCGAUAAAAAAGAAAUCAGGAAAAUGGUGUUUGUUGCAUGAUUUAAGAAAGGUCAAUGAGAUGAUGGCAACAAUGGGGACUUUGCAACCAGGGUUGCCCUCACCAACUGUGAUUCCAAUGCAAUGGGGAAUUGUAGUAAUGGAUUUAAAGGAUUGUUUUUUUACUAUUCCUCUUGCUAACCAGGACAUGGAGAAAUUUGCGUUCACAGUGCCUUCAGUGAAUAACAGUGAACCAGCCAAAAGGUAUCAUUGGAAAGUUUUACCACAAGGUAUGAAAAAUUCACCCACUGUUUGUCAGUGGUUUGUAGCGAAAGCCUCGAGCCGUGUUCAAGCUGCGUUUCCAUCAGGGUAUUGUUAUCGUUAUAUGGACGCCAUCUUACUAGCUGCACCCUCGCAGGUAAUGCUAGCUGAAAUGGAGGCUGAAGCACAAAAGUCAUUACAAUACCAUGGAUUGGUGAUUGCCCCAGAAAAAGUGCAACGCCAGCAGCCAUGGUUGUACCUGGGUAUGAAGGUGUUAGAUCAAACGGUAAUGCCACAACCAAUUCGGUUGCAAAUACACAUAAAAACCCUAAAUGAUGUGCAAAAACUAGCAGGGAUGAUUAAUUGGGUCCGACCUUAUUUGGGGUUGACAUGUUCCAAAUUACAACUGCUUUUGGAGUUGUUAAAAGAGGACUCAGACAUUUCUGCACCACGAGUUCUAACUCCAGAAGCAGAACAAGAGGUGGAACAGGCAAUCAUGCAAAAACAUGUAUGGAGAAUUGAUUUAACUGUACCAGUAUAA